AUGUCCCAGCAGUUAGUGCCGUGGGUGGAGAAGUACCGCCCAAAGUCGAUGGAAGACAUUGUCGGCAACGCCGAUGCCGUUUCGCGCCUGCGGGUGAUAUCGAAGGAGGGAAAUCUCCCGAAUCUGCUGUUGUGCGGCCCGCCAGGGACCGGCAAGACCACGAGUGUGCUUUGUCUCGCCCGCACGCUGCUCAGCGACCAGGACGGCGGCGACACGACCGCCCUCAAGGAGGCAGUGCUGGAGCUUAACGCUAGCGACGACCGUGGACUGGACGUGGUGCGGGAGAAGAUAAAACUGUUUGCGCAGACGAAGAAGACGCUGCCGCAGAAGGUGAACGAAAGCAGCCAGCAGAAAAUAAAUCUCCACAAAAUUGUUAUUUUGGACGAGGCGGACAGCAUGACGCCGGCGGCCAACAGGCCUUGCGCCGCAACAUG